UGCAAAAAAUAGCUAAUCCGCUUUCGAUCAUUGCAAUAUAUCACUCGCGUUUGGAUCAUGUUAGAAAAUAUGAAAUUUCCCUUCAUUUCAUUUAUGAUAAGGUAAGUGUUUUGUUGACCUACUGCUAGUGAAAAAAGAGGAUUUUGAGAUAACGAUUGAGUAAAUAUUGAGCUUUAACGUCAAUUCAUAAUAUGUACACAGCGUUGAUGCAUGUGUGACGAAGGCUUGCUGUGUUAAUAAUCGAAUGCACAUUUUAUCGUGACAGUUUUGUCUUGCGAGGAAUGGCAUGUCAAGGACAAAAGAAGUGAAUCGCAAUUUAAUCUAACUUUGGAGUCCAUAAAGGAAAAAUACGUGUUGUUUUUAAGCAAGUGAUAUCCGCACGGCGGUGAACGACGUGUCAUGUCUGUUUCAAAUUCAAAGUAUUUUGCUCAAUGUUUGCUAAUGCUGUUGUCCUCUUUGGUGGUCUUGAUGAUCUUGAUGAACUUACUUGAUCAUCCGUUAAUACUGUUAAGUCAAAUGAGCGCUUAUUUGCUAAGUUCCUCCUUUUUGGAAACUUCAAAAACCGAAGAAUGGUCUGGAAAUUAUAACUUCAACUCAGCUUAAUUGAUAAUUAUUCAACAAUGUCGAUGUUAAGUUCGAGCCUGUAAUGUUUUGAGAUUUAUGAUUAUGCCAUCAAAUCUAGGUAUCAAGUGGGCUUAUAUCGGUCUUCUCGUAACUUUUUCUAGCAAACAGAAACCUUUAAGCUCUUAACAUUUCUAUUAUGUGGUUUUAUGGUUUAUAAUUUGUUUAUUGGUCAAUUGAGAAUAAAAUGCUGGAACUCCCGUUGAUUUUAUUUACUUAGCAAAGCCCAUAACAAUUAUAAAGGUAGCAGGGAUGUAAACAUGAAACUUGCGAACAUAUUGACAAGCUUUAUUACGCACAUUGUACGAUGUGCGUAAUAAAGCACUCCCUGAUCGAUUUUAAAUCAACAUGAGCCGAAUAUACAUAUAUAUAGCCGCCUCUAUUCAACACUGCGUAACAACCAAGAUAUUCAGCUUAAUUUAUAAUCAUCAGUUCAUUAUUGUGUCCCCGAUUGGUGGAACACUCGUGAUUGGCUAGAAGAGUUUGACACUUUUAUUUAAAAUCAAUAAAGUUUACUGUCGGUAAACAGUCUGAUCAUGUUGUUGCAUGUACGCUCUUUUACAAAAUAAAAAAGCUUAAAUAUAAUGUGUCCAAGGUUUUUUUUUCCAUGACGUGUGAACUUUGCAUAUUCAUAUAGCUUUAAUACAAAAAAUUGACCUUUUUUGGUAGCAGGCGUGGAUCUACACUGGUUUCCACCAUUUUACAGAAAUCAGUCAGAUUUUUCUUAAUAGAUACAUAUUUUUAAUAAAAAACUUUUGAAGUUGCAAGGCUUCAUCCAAGGUCAAUGGAACUGGCCAAUAUCAACAUCAAUAAUCCUGUCUGAAUGACUCGAAAACCCAGGAAAGGGGACUUUGGGGAGUUAAAAUCUAAAAAAUUUCCCAGGGCAGAAAGAAUCUAUACUGGUCGUGAUCCGUCCACAGUCUGGUCAGGAGCUCUGAUUGGUUUAAUACUCUUAAUAGCCUUUUUUUGUAAAAUGACAGAAAAAAUACAAUGUACAGAUUUGAGCUUUGCUGGGGCCAAAGUUUGCAGCAAAACCAGGUACCAGGUACACAAACAAAUUUGCAUCUGGAACAAAUGACAUGUACAUUAACACUGGUAUAAGGCCAAAAUGCAGACAUCUCUCUUGCAAAACAUCCCCAGUGGUGGGGAGUGAUAAGAGGCAACUAUAAUAUUAUUGCAGGACCAGAUCAGAAGUACACGUAGAACCCUAUAUGUCCUCCAGACUGAGCCAUGCUGUCUCCUUGCCUGCUCCACUGUUAGCAUCGGAACCUGUUGCAUGACUGGAAAGUUACCUGAAGUUCAAUUGUACAGAUGUGCCAGAAUAGCUGGCAAUGUAAAAAAGAAUGAACUGUCUUCUGGCAAUAUCGUCCAGUGAUAUAAGAAUAUAGUAUAAAACUGUCUUAAAUUAUUGUCACUAGUAAUUAAUCUAUCCCAUAGUAAGAAAGUUAUCGGUAACUUGCAUUUCUUGUUCAUAAUGCAUAGAAAUUAGAUAAAUCUUUCAGAUCUCACUCGUCAAACUGAUGGCACAGUACAUGCCCUUCUUUUUAAAAUCAAUAUUUUUCACCAAACAACAAUAAACCCAGCAUCACAUGUCAUUUUAAUUAGGAAACAGCCCCUACAUGUAAAUCCUUCAGUAUUUUUUUUCAAGAUGUUAAAAUACCAGCAUUGAAACAGCUGUAUGAAGAGGCCCACCAAUAUAGAUAUAACCUCAGUAACUGUAAUAAAUAUUGCUUUUAUAGUCAUAAAAAUAAAAUCAUUUAUAUUAGUUGCUAAGUUUUUAAUGUAAAUGUAAGAAACAUAUGGAAAGUACUCCUUCUUCACUGAAUUAUUUCAUCUGAACACUAUAUAAACCACAAAUACAUAGUAUCAAAGCUGUUGAUUAUUAUUGACACAAAGUAAGAUCCACGUUAUGGGAGCUGUAAGCUUAUAAUCCUGGCAAGAAAUUAGUUAUUAGUGCUACAUUUUUUUGCACUUAAAAGGUUCAGUAGUAGGUUCACCAUAACAAUAUAGCAAUCCUUUACAAUAACAUAUUACAUUAAAACAUAAUAAUCACCUUUUUUUGUAAUAAUUUUGCACAUUAUUAGUUGAAAAAGAUCGUGUUUUCAUGUUUGUGUAUGCAGGGUCAAAUAGAAGUAUGAUUUAGUUGAAAGGAAACACAAGAUUUACACAAGAGAUGAAUGUUGAAGAUCACUGGGAUGAAGGAACUGACAAACCCUAAUGACUCAGAUGUUGAAGGCGUACAAAGGAAAUAAAGCUGGAAAAUCCACCAAUGCAUCUUCUCACAGUAAUCGAGAGUCUUACGGAAUUGAAAACAGUCCACACAGGUAAAUGAUCUGCGUGGAAAUUUGUUUUUCUCUACUGUUCGUGAGUUAAUGAAGUAAAUUUUCUGCUGUUACAAACAGAUUCAAAACCUGCAUUGAGAGUGCUGAAUGACAGACAAAUGACAAAAGGCAGGCCACAAAGGUCAAAUGUAAAUGCGAUGAAUCUAUUGCAGUUAAUAUUCAUGGAAUAUAUAUUCUUCUCUAGAAGAAGCAUUUGAGUUUUGUGGAAGAACACCAAGCUUUACCAUAAUCUAGUAGGAGAAACCUAAAAUCAAACAAAUUUACAUUUGGGACCCUAUAACUACUGGAUUAAUAAUAAUUAAUAUUAUGUAUUGAUGUACAUCAUCAUAGUACAGAAUUUCUGUCACUGAGGCUCAGAGAAAGGGAGAAAUGUCCCUAGCGGCGAGGAGCUAGGAGAGAUGAGUGUUUUCGCAGGCUUAAGUAGACUUGUGGCCUUUUGUUCCCACUAGUCUGACUUGUGGCUUAGUGGUGUAGAGUAUCUGGACUACAUGUAGUGACCAGAAGGUCAUAGGUUAGUUAAUGCUUCGUACAUGAUGGCAGUACUCUGAUUCUCUUUAUUACAAAUUUUUUUCAUUAUAAUUUUAUCAAAUAUGUUCUGUAUAUAUCAAACACAGAUCCGGGAAACAAAGAGAUCUUAUCCUCACUAAUAUCUUAGAAGAAGGAAGUACAGUUGAUGAGCCACGGAGCUUCGAACAAGAUGAGAGGUACCUGGAUGAGUGUUUGAAAGUACUUGAUGGAAAUCCUGAAUCACUGCAGGUACAUCAUACAUGUACAUGAUUGCAUGAAAAAAAGCAUUUUAUAAUACCCAAGUCAGUUAGUUUGAAUUAAUACCAGUGCUUAAUUACCCUUUUUAUAAUGAUGCCCUCUGUUGCUUUGUUGAUGGUUUCUCUUCCAUUUUGCGUGACAACCUUCCCAGGGAGAGUAUUGUAGAUGGAGCCUCUUGUAGGCAACUCACUUUCAUCACCAGCCCUGACAGAUUUUGACAGUGUUCAUUGAUCUUGCUACUUGACAAUCAAACUGUCUGUGAUCCCCUACUGGUAAGAAUUGGAUAGGCAGGCUGUGCAUGUUCCCAAGCGAGAGAAAAUCUUGAUGUCACAAUAGCGUCUUGACGUCUUAAUACCAUCAUGCUCAGCAUGUUUCAUACUGUUUCUCAUGGUUUUUGCCAUGAAAUAUUGCCAAAUGAUAUUCAAGUACAGAAUGAUAUUGAGACGCUGGACACUUGACCCAGCUGGACUGAAUGUGACUUUAAUUUUUAUUCAAACCUCUCAGAGUCAACGUGCACAUGUAACGUUUUUAUUUACAUCUCUAUUUUGAGUUUUAUUUGAACGUUACAUUGCGCGUGAUUUCUUUAUUUUUUCGUAAUUUUUCGUGUUCGAAAUGACGCUUGUUACUUAAACAUCUGCUCGCAGCACUAAACCUUCCGUUAGGAACCACUAGUCUAUAUAAUAAUUAUUAUUUUAUGAAUUAUCUUUUGAUUAUUUCUAGCCCAAUGAAUGUCUCUGGACAAAGGUUUAUAAAGUGUAUGCUUCUUUCUAGUUUGUUUUUUUUUUGUUACUACUAGAGUUCAAGUUUUAUUCAAGUGUUUGCCAGUCUCAGUAUAAUACUCAUUUGUUUUAUAUCUUGUUGAUACCUUGUUUUGAAGGUGGAGUGUGAUUUAGAGGAGUAUGACUUUGAUGACUACAACUCAGUCGCCAGCACUGCAUCACUUCUUAACAUCCCAUCUGAGUUAAGACAAGAAAAUGUCAUCACAAGGAAUCAUUCAUAUCUUCCAACCAAUCAGAAUGCAGCAUUUCUGGUAUCGCCACCCAAUGGCACUGUAAAAGAGGAUGCUGUCAUUAAUGGCUCAGAAAACUCGCCAUUUCACAUGAGGGAGAAGUUGAUGAGAAUGUCCAAAAUGCAGGCAUCCAUUUCCAAGGUGAACAACUGGAGUAAGUUUGGUUUGAGUGGUGCACCAAGCAAGGAUGAAUGGAGAGAUGUUUUCUUGGAUGCUGCUCAAGAUGGAGACUUGAAAAAAAUGGUAAUUAAGUAACUUUUUAAAAAAGAAUUUAACGUAUCAUUUUAACUAGAUACUGUUACCCAAUGGAUUGAAACCAAGAUAAACCAUGUCUUAUUUCAAUGAGCUAUAAAAUACAUGUAUAUAAAACCAUAAAGUCAUUAUUUUAAUUUUAAAAAAACUGAAUGAAAGUGCAGUUGGUCAAAUAUAAAAGUCAAAAGGCAGCGUUGAUUAAAAACAGUCAUGAUGACAUUAAUGUACAUAUAUGACAAAGGAAAAAAAAGUGCAUUGUUCAACGAAAGAAAAUCAGUUUCAAACCAAUAAUUGGUACAAAAUAUUUAGAAACCUUAGGGCCCUUAACCUUAGAAAAGGGCAUGAUAAAACUUCAGAGGCCCAUGGAAAUCUUGUUAUCCAAUUCCUGGAAUAAACCCGAGCUAGAAUAAAAACCUACUAUUUUCUGCUGGUUUCUGGACAGAACUAAAGAAUUCAAAUGAACUGAAACUGGUCAGUGUUGACAACCACGUGCUCAGGAGUUCUUCCGAUCUUCUUGAAAACUUUACAACAAUUUGCUGCACUCCCAAAUAGCUACUUUGUCUCUGUAAAUGGCAUACAAUAUUAUUAUUAUCAUCAUUAAAUUAUUUAAUAAAUUAUUAUUGUGACUAUCAAUAUUAUCAUCUCAAUUUCUUUGACCAGCAAGAGGCAUACAGCAAGCUUGGUGGAACAAGUGAAUUAACUAUCAGAUUUACAGAUUCUGAUGCCAACACAGCAUUACACAGGGCUGCUGAAGCUGAUAACCUUCCAUGUCUUCAGUGGCUUGUCAGACAGUUACCAAAUGACUGUUUGAGGAAUAUCAUCAACCAUGAAAAUCUUACUCCUCUUGCUGCAGCACUCAAGGUAAGAUGAUCAGAAAAGUUGCUGUGUAGUAACAUUGUGGUUUACUUACAUUUUGUAUUGUUAUUGAUGGCUUAUUUCUGGUUGGAGGUAUUAUGUGAAUGUAUGGGUGGGUGGGUGGGUGAGUGAGUGAUACUACACCCUGUUAGCAGAGCUUUCGUUUCGUUUGUCUUCUUGAGUGCAGUGGAGAAAAGGAGGGUUUACCUGAAUCGCGUCAAGCCUUUGAAGUCAUUGAAGCCUGAACUUCUCAACUACCCAAUCUAGUUGUCUCUCUUAAAACUGGUUUUCAAAAUGUGUACAUCCGUUAAUUGAGAAACCAAUAUAUGGUCAUAACUAUGCCUGCUGCACAAAGGACACAGCUGUCAGGCCUGGUUUUGAAUCUGUAUCCCAGCAACAAGUAGCGCAAUGCUCGACAAAGAUCUUAUUCAAUUCAUGCAGAAUCUUUCUCAACAUUGCCAAAGUCAAGACUGAUAGUGAAAAAAAUACUCUGCUAGCAGGGUGGUGUGCUACUGAGCCCUUAUCAAUUUAUAAUAAUGAUGUUCAGCUGCAUUUUGCAGCCCUAGCCCUAUACUCCACUUGUAAGCCGCACUCCCUCUAUCCCAGGCUACACGUAACUGUAAACAGACUCCUCACACCAGCGUUCAAUUCCCCGUAAUAAGCACCUUAUGUUAGUGGAAACCUCUGUAUUCUCCUGGCCAGAAUAGAAUUCUUGAAACCAAAACUCUUCACAUAUCCACCUAGCCUACACUGUACAUAUGACAUUACUCCUUCUCCCACCCUUUCCUCACGGGGUGGAUUCAUCGUUAUUGGACGUGAACUUUUACAUAUCUCACAUUAACCUCCUCUACUUAGAAUGGGAGUGUCCAGUGCGCACAGUGGCUGCUUGAAGACACCUCUGCUGCAGAUGAAAUGGCAGAAGUUACCAGUAGAUUUGCAUUGUUUCACUUGACAAUUCAAAAUGGUCAAGAUGACUGCCUUAAGUGUCUGUUAGCAUAUGUCAAGGAUAAAUACUUGGAACUUGGUAAGUAACCUGAGUAGUGUGUUUUUCUCUACUUGGCAUUAACCUGUUGAUGAUGUAAUUUUUUUCAAAUAUGAGAAUAAUUAUCAUCAUCAUCAUCAUCAUCAUCAUCAUCAUCAUCAUCAUCAUCAUCAUCAUCAUCAUCAUCACAAGCGGGCGGGGGGGAGGUAGCCAGAGUAGCUCUGAACGUCUAUAAGACAAAUAUUAUGCAACUCACCGGCGUUUUAUCUCCAGUCCAGUUUAUAAGUACAUCUGCACUGGUGGUUGAGCGCCCGGUUUUAGCGGGACGAAUUUUGCCUUCUUUUUAUGUGGGAAAUUCAUUCCUGUUAGCGCGAUGAACAAGGCGAGCUUUCAAGUCAUCGUGGAGCUGCGUGGAGUGUUCAUGUGGCAGAAUUCCUCACCCAGUUACCGAGAUCUUUGUCGCCUUUACUUAUGAACACAACAAUGUUUUUCAAAGGAAAGAGCGGUGGAUGUGGAAUCUGAGCUCAUAUGAACUGGUUCUAAAAACACUUUUUGCUGUUUCCUCUUUCAGGUGUCACAGAUUCGUCAGGUGUCACACUCGCUCACGUUGCAGCAAGAGAAGGUCACCUGACUUGUAUCCAGACUCUUGUCGAUCAUGACAUUGACGUCACUAUUCCAGACAAAGAUGGCCGAUCUCCCGCCGACUAUGCAUACUCAGCCGGUCAAACCGGUUGUGCCCGGUAUUUGGUGAUGGAAGAAUCAUGCUGGUUACUUUCCGUGCGAAUAGCGAAGCUUCACAAAGAGCUCAAAGAUUGCAAAGAAGAAAAUAAAGAACUCAGACAAAGAUUGGAGGCAAGUUGUUAUCUUUGUUGUCGUUGUUUGACUCAUUUAUAUUUGAGACCUUCAGAUUCUAAGACUAGUAUGACUACGAGAUUUUUGUUAUAUAACUAGUGUGCGCGCGUGAACAAGCGUCAGUUUUGGCGGGAAAACGUGGUAGCCGUCGUCUUUCUUCUACGCGUUUAGCAAGAAUGUCGUGCGGAAACAAGUUAUCAAAUGUUUGAACUUCAGUUUUACGAUCGGGAGAGGGCUUAACGUCGUUCAAUAAAAAUAACCGUGUUAACUUUUCUGGUGACAAAAAAUUAAAAUGAAGCUUUUCUUAGUCUCCUUUUUGAGAAUACAUAGACUACGAGUUCUUAGUCCUUCGAGCAAAUCGCACGAGACACGAAAAUGACCACGCGCGUGACUGAAGGCGCGAGAUGGGAGAGGCACGCUCGCGUGCGCGUGCACUUCCCUCACUAAAUCUGAAGAAAAAGAGAGACUGCUCACAGUCAAGGGAAAUGCACCGAAAAAAAACUUCCAAGUCAAUUAGAUCUCCUCCUCGCAGUCGUCCUCGUUCUCGAAUCUGAAGGUCUCUAAUAAUGCACCGAGGAAGAAGGCUUUUUUGCGCUCGCACUGGUGACAUACUUGCGUACUUAUAUCUCGAUAAAGCAUACUUGUGACGUAGGGAGCUUGAAUUAUGACAAUAUAAUGACCCCGCUCUGGAUCUUAGCCGGUGCGCGUUUCUUUGAGGAUUUUUAUAACAUAAAAUUUGUUGCGCGCAUGGAUAGUUAUCUUGACUUGAAAAGCACCACUGCUUUGCAACAAUCUGCCCCAAUGUUUAUGUCGUGUAUCAUUGGUCUUAAGUUCAGCACGUAAUUGUUUGACUAUUUUCAUAACAGGUCCUUGAAAGUCGAGCAAGGUCUGGAAUACCAGACAGACCGGAAGCUGUCGGAGGAGAUCAGGUAAAGGUUGUUUGUGGUCGGGGGAGGAGGGGGGUGGGAACUCCCUUUUUUGGCUUAUACGAGUAUGUGCCGCUGAACAGGGUAUAGUUUUUCGGGUCUUGAGACUUAGACAAUCACUAUUUGGCGUCUUAGUAAACAGAGUGCGUUUUUUGACCGGAAGACUUUGAAAGAAUGUAAAAACGCAUGUUCCCUGAUAUUAGUUUAAGAAUUAGCUAAUUCUGUAUGCAAAACGAAACGAAUCAGGGUCAUGAAGUAAGGUUUCUUGUGUUAAAUAGAGUGGCAAAAUGAGUAAUUUUUGUCUUAAACAGUGUCAGGUCUUGAUGGCUUAGCGGCACAUUUCUUCCCAAACUUCCCUUGAGUGCUGCACCCCAGGCUUGUAACGUAGGAAACUAAGGGUUUACCUGUAAGUUAAGUUUUUUUGCGACAGAAUGUGUUGUCCCCACUCUAUACUGCAAGCAGUCGUCCUCCUUUCCUGAGAGCCACGCGCGGCGAGCAAAAAGAUGAUAUUAUGCAAAUGCAGGAGCCUGUGGUACAUGGGCUCCUGGCGAGAGAGGUAAAGGCGGAGAUACGAAAAUGGAGGACUCUUAUUUUUUCUUGCUCGAACUUUCGCUGCUUGACCCUUGGGCGUGCUCUUAAUCUACUGUGACUCAAAAGAAAAUGAGGAACUGAUCGCAGUCUGUACCCACUCCCGUCUUCCUCUUGUUGAAGGCCUUUCCACAAUUUACUAGCACACUCCUGAAACCCUAACUCCCAGUCCGGUGGCAUCCAGGUUUUAUCCAUGGAUUUUGUUGGUAAUUUUCUUGUUGUCAGAGUGACACUAGCAGCACUGGAGUUACAAAAUAUGAUGACAGACUGAGUACAACAGUAACAGACAGCCCGCGUAGCGAUAGAAGUCGGGCCAGCGGCUCUCCUGAUGGCGAAAGUCCAAAGGGAUUCGGACAUGAAAGGUGAAUGAGGACUGUUGUCUAUCUGUUGUCUAUUUUAUGUCAUUGAUCGAAGGUUUAAGAUUUAGACCUAAUGCAUGAGGUCUCCAUUUCAUUCCUUUGCUUCUUACUCCUUACGCCCAGACCUAAACGAGGAUCUGACAAAAAGAGGUUUUCGAAGACGCUCUCACAAUAAAUUCUUUUGAAAACGAAAGUGUAUUUUUGCGUUUUGGUGGAUAGGCAAAAACUAGGGCCACGAAAACACUGACAGGCUUUUCUCCUAAAUUUCAAUGAUGUGUAUGGUAGCAAAAAAGUGUCACAGGAUAGGUGUUUUCCGUGGGCUGGUUUGGGCCGUCGAAAAUGACGAUGCAAACACUCUGUGGCAUUAUUUCAACGUUAUUAUCGCGAUACCUCAACCUGGAAUCCUCUUGAAUCCUCCUAUUUCAAGGCCACGGAGCCAUUCAAUGUAUCUUACGUGGACCUGUCAGAGUACUCUGUUAGUGUCCAGUACUAUCUCGCGAUAUCAUUUCCUAAAUCGAUUAGGUCCUGGAGCCGAGGCACGUAAUUCUGAAAGGUCUCAGUUUGCUCGGAGGAUCAUAUCUUGUUUGUUUUUUUCAGGGAAGAAUUCUGAAUACUGUUUUGUCUCAGUUACAAACUAAGUUUUGUUCUUUUAUAGAUCUGCUUACCAGUAUCACUUUAACGGAUCUGACCAUAACUUUGAAAACAGGACACCGCCCAGUAGGCUUAGCGGUCAUGCAAUUUCAACUGUGAAUAAGGAGUCUGAAGUGAAAAGUGCGCGUCAUUUUGAAGCCCUGAAGAAACAAAGGGGACUGGGAGCGAGGGGAAGUAUUGAUUCUACUGGCUCGGGUUCGUCGUCUCCAAUGUUGUCGUUGCCUGAUACUCAUUCCGAUAUGCAACAAGUUAUGGCGUGAGUAUGGCUAAUCGGUAUAGUCAUAGCCUACGAGCAAGCUCUCUGGGCGCUCAGGUGGCGGGGCGGGAAAAGGAAGGAGAGCUUGCUCUGGAAUUUGUAUUCCACUCCAAUUCCUCCGUGGCUCCCCGUCGACUGAGCUGCCAGAUUUUGUGAAUCAGCGCGAAGCGGAAACGUGUGCGAAUGUAAACAAACACUGAAAAACACGUGCCAGUGGUAAUGACGUCAUUACUAAUGUCAUCUCCGCCAAUCAAUAUUUCGCGUCGACUUUUUCGAUCUAGAGACGUAGUUGCAAGCUCUCCUUCCUUUUCCCGCCGCGCCGCCAGAGCGCCUAGGAGAGCUUGCUCGCAGGCUAACGUAUAGUCAACAAAUCGAUCGAUUAUGUUUGUCAUUGUACUUAUUAAGUUUUACUGCCUGUAAUCACAAAGAAAAAUAGCUGCAGUUAUUUUCUUCGCUUAUCACAACAGGAGCAGAAAAUAAAAUGAAGCGAGCAGAAUUUGAGGAAGGACAAGGACGAACAAUUCCCAUUAACUGUGAUUCUUGUUGAGCAGUUGAGCUAAUGGCACAGGAUAAUUGCGUCAUUUAUACCAACUUUCUAACCAAAUCCUGUUGCUGAUUUCAGGAAACAGAUAGCUGCCAACACGCGCAGACUGGUCAUGUCUAAGCAUGCGCAAAAGGUUGAAGAAUCACCGCUGAUCAGAAUCAAGCCCAUAACGGAUAGGAGUGAUGUUGUGCCUGUAGAAGAACCAAGAAAAGGUACCCUCUGGCUUUCUCACUCCUAAUCAAAAUAACAAGUGUGAUCAACGUCUUACUUUAGAAAGCUGGUUUACUAAGUUGAAACAAACGCCGCUGACUCGUAGCCAACAUUUACCAGCGCCGUACAAACGACUUAUUGACGAGAUCAAGCAAAACUAACUACGAGAGAACAACUGGAGAACUGACAAUUUGACUAAAAAUAGACGACUGUUUAACUGUGACAACAGACCGAUCGAAACCCACCAAUCACUGAUUACGAGUCUUCAUAGCCAAUAACAUCACGGCUUAACUGACAGACGACCAAUAACAUCGCGACAUAAUUGACCAGUCAGAUCAAUAACCAGAGUAUAAUACCAUCAACUGACGUGAUACAACUUACUUUGACUCUGAAGAUGACUACCGCACGGGUUGUCGAAACGUCAGUCACUGUCAACAACAACAGUCCUAUUCAGGACUACGUUCACCCGGACGAUCAAACUCAACCUUUUGAAAUGACUACUGGGUUCAAACCUUUCACAAGGAUAAAGGCAAACGCGCAGGGAUAUACCCUUAUCCAUUCUUUUUCUCCCUUCCCUUUACAGAAAAGUUCCUUUAAGGUGAUGAUACACGGGACGAUUUGCAACACAUCAUUUCAACAUUGUUGCAACAUUGUUUCGAACGGUUUCAACAUUGUUUUAAUAUUGCUACGCUGUGUUGCGUAAAUAGCAAGAAAUAGGGAGAUAACCCAGGGACACCCCCGACAGUGGGUGGGUGGUGGGUUGUAGGGCAAGAGUAGUGGGGUAGGGAGGGGCGCUUGUCACUGCCAUUUCAGUGUCACGCCUUUUUUAAUUCUUUUUUUUGGCCCGACCCAGCUCAAUCAGGCUUCUUUUGAUAAUGAUUUUCAGGAUAAUUGUAGAGCUCAGGGGGUUGAGCUGACGGCCAUUUAGUCCCUUGGGUGGGGAGGGAAAAUCCUUGGUACCAAAUACCAAUUUAAGAAUUGCUUUCCUCACGGUUUGAUUCUUCUUGUCCUCCAGUUCCCAGUCUCCAAGUCAUUCAACGUGAUAUAUUUUACUCCCCUUCAUCCUCCCGCUCCCAUUCUCCUGCUCGUACAGAUUCCACGUCAGGAAGCCGGCCGACUUCCGGCACUCCGGGAAAGUUGAACGAGGUAAACAAAAUGAAGACAAACAGAGCCAAACAGGAAAAGGGAACCGCCCGUGAGGACAGAGUGGGGACACCUUCGAGGUUAAGAUCGCUUGCAAACAGACGUAAAUUAUCGCCAUUUAGUUCUGACAGCACGCUUAGCUCAG